GCCUGUAUCAUGUGCAGCCUGCAGGUCAGCCUCACAGAAGAGUCCGUGACAUCGGUCACGACGGACAUGGGAGAAGUCACCCGAAAUGACUGGCGGAGGGAGAGGGAGAAGUUUUAGUCAUGAUGUCACGGAAGGUCGCAGUCCCCCCUCGUCCGGACCAUCGUUUAAAAGGCCAUCACUUCUUAGCCGACUUCGUCCUUCCGAGGAAUUUCCAGCUCGCCCAUAUCAUCCCCUCCAUCCCUCCUCAUUUUGCCCCUCGUCUCGUGGCCUCCUUCCCCCCCGACCCCACGUCUCGCCCUCACUGUUGUCCCGCAUCACACGACCCCGACGACCACAGACUAAACCAUCUUUGCCAUGGCAGUCAUGCUCUAUGUACAAGGCGUGCCCAUUGGGUACAUGGCCAUUGCUUUAGCCAUUUUGGCAUCAAUGGGAGGGUUCAUCUUCGGUUAUGACACAGGUCAAAUCUCAGAUAUUCUCAUCAUGGACGACUUCAAGCUACGGUUCGCGACAUGUUCCACGCCCGGCGAUGCCAAUACAUGCAACUUCACCAUUGUCCGCGAGGGUUUGAUCGUCGCGCUGCUUAGCAUUGGUACCCUCUUUGGUUCGCUGAUCGGUGCACCGACCGCGGAUUACCUCGGACGUCGGUAUGCAAUGUCUGUAGAGUGUCUCGUCUUUGCCGUCGGCGUCGUCAUCCAGAUCACGACGACGCACACCUGGCAACAGUUCGCUGUCGGACGUCUGAUUUCUGGUCUGGGUGUCGGCUCGCUGAGUGCGGCGGUCCCCAUGUACCAGGCGGAGACUGCCCCCAGCCAAAUUCGUGGAACACUCACGGCAACGUACCAGCUCUUCAUCACGUUCGGUAUUCUAGUCGCGUACUGCAUCUCCAUUGGUGCGCGCGACAUCUCCGGCUCCGGCUCAUGGCGCACAGUCGUCGGCAUUUCAUUUGUGUGGCCCGCGAUUCUGGGCAUUGGCAUCCUGUUCAUGCCUGAGUCUCCGCGUUGGCUCACGAGCAAGGGCAGAUACGACGAAGCCCGCAACUCACUCGCGUCUAGCCGUGGCGUACCCCGUGCGGAGGCUGUCGACCACUUCAUUAUCACCCGCGAGCUUGAGGAGAUGCGUGAGGCGGUCGAGUACGAGAAGAACGUUCAAACUGGCUGGCUGGACUGCUUCACCGUUGAGCGCAAGCAACUCUACCGGACACUUCUGAUCUCGACACUUCAGAUGUUCCAGCAGCUCACGGGUGCCAACUAUUUCUUCUACUACGGUGCAACGAUCUUCCAGUCUGUUGGUAUCUCGGAUUCGUACGUCACCCAGAUUAUUCUGGGUGCUGUCAACUUUGGUUGCACGUUCCUUGGUCUAUACGUCAUGGAGAAGUUCGGUCGUCGUUACCCGCUCAUCAUCGGUGGUGUCUGGCAGUCAUGCUGGCUGUUCGUGUUCGCCGCAGCCGGCACAGCGAAAGACCCCACGACGAACGAGAGUAUUGGCAAGCUCAUGAUCGUCUCCGCCUGCCUCUUCAUUCUCGGCUACGCGUCAACCUGGGCCCCGGGUAUCUGGAUUCUCGUCGGCGAGACGUUCCCGACGCGCACGCGUGCGAAGCAGGCUGCUAUCUCCACAGCCAGCAACUGGCUAUGGAACUUCCUCCUCGCGUUCUUCACGCCGUUCAUCGUCAAGGCGAUCAAGUUCCGAUACGGGUUCGUCUUCGCCGCGUGCAAUCUCACGGGCGCGGUCAUCGUGUACUUCUUCCUGUACGAGUCCUCUGACCUGUCGCUCGAGAGCGUCGACAUGAUGUACUCUGACCCAUACUGCAAGCCAUGGACCUCGCGUUCUUGGGCACCGCCGGGCUUCUCGUCGCGCGCAGAUCUCGUCGAGCAGAGUCGCGCAGCAGAGGCACACAAGCCGCUCGCCACCGAGGAGCGCAUUGAAAAGACGGGCGAGGGGCCGCAGAAGGUAUAGGCGUGGGUUGUCUUGGGUUCCCUGGUGUGUUCAAUGUGUCCGGUGCCGAUGAAAACAUUAUGUUUCCGCACAAACACAAGUCUUCGCGUUGUGUGCAAUGAUCUUUGUAGCAUUAUUAUCUACCUAAUUGACGGAUGUACGAUACUGUAUUGCUUUACGACGAUGUGUGUUCUGUAGACGUUACCUUACGUCUAACAUGACACAGUACUGGUUUCA